UGUUUCUUGUACCUGUAUCAGAUGAAAAGUAUCAACAGAUGGCUGUACCACCUGCACUUGUCGAGACCUGCGCCAUCGACAACAAUUCCGAUACGUGGCUGAUAUGGCUGCCGGUAGCGAACUCCAAAGGGGCAACACUCAACUUGAAUCCGCCACGUAUUAUAGCAUUUCAUUUCUUUAAAAACCACCACAGAGAUGGUCUCGAGAAGUGGAUCAAGUUAAUGGGAAAACUAGCCCAGGAGUUUUACGGUCGGAUCGUGUUCGGCAUGCGGGACAUCAGCAGCAUCGGCCAUUUGAAUGACAAUCUGAAUCCGGAUGACUUUGGCAGCUACCGUCCGGGUGUGCCGCCUCUUAUCUUCGGUGAGGAUAAACAGCAUCACGUCUAUCAGAUGAACACGUUGGUAAACUACAGGCAUUUGAAGACAUUUUGUCAGAAGCUGCUGCAGAAUCAGCUGUUCCAGGCAGUUGUUCUAAUGCCCACAAUCAACUUGGAUUCACCUCCUCAGAAUUAUUUUGAUUUGGAAGAUGGCAUGGAUGGGGAUUGCUUCGUAAUGGUGUACGAUCCUGCCUGCUACCAGUGGCCCACUCAGUUGAAAAUGCUGCGCAAAUUGGCACGGCUGCUGGCCAACGAAAAUGUCCAUGUGGUGAUCAUCAAUAAGGCACACAACCAUUUGGGCGUGGUAUUCAAUAAGAUGUCGAAGAUGGUAACCUGUCAUGGGGCCACAAUAUUCAGCACUCCACGUCGGAAUGGCUGGGACUUUAAGGUGGGCCCGAGACUGCAUAGUACACGUGAAUAUCUGCGCUACAUUGCCCAGAACAGGCAUCCAGAAUUGAUCGACUAUAAUGCCAAUGGCGAAUCCACGGCGGCCGAGAAGGCAUUGCCCUACAUUGAAUGUCUUUUUGCUGAAAGAAAUUAAAGUAUUUGCACGGAUUACCAUACCCAUAAA